CAGUUCCAAAACGAUGCUCGGAAGGCUGUGUGUGCGGCUCGGCUUGUUGUUUGAAAUUAUAAGAUCUAAAUUUUAACAUACGGAUACAGCGUUUUGUUUUACGCGUUCGGAAGUACGGCGUCUUUGUGUGCGUGUGUGUGUGUGUGUGUGUGUGUGUGUGAAAAUCAUGUGCUGUGCGGUGGUACAGUGAGUCGUGUUGUGUCGUGUGAAAAGUGUGUACCUGUGUAAAAUGAAUCGAUUGAAGCUGAAACCACUGAAGCUUCCUCGGGAAGCGAACCAAACGACCAGCGGCGGACAGCAGCAGUUGGAAGAGGGUCACCAAGGACCUGCAGCUAAGAAAGCCUUUGCCACCGGUGUCACCAGCGGGAAUAGCAUCGGCUCGGCAGGGAGUGCCAGUGCCAGUAAAUCAACGUCCAGCUACGGCAGCCGCAAGGAAUCGUCGGUACGGUUUCGGCUCGAGGACGAGCUGCUCGGCAGUGGCAGCGAGCUCAGCGGAGAAGGCAGUGCCAGCGCAAGCAUAUCAGAAAGCCUCAGCGCGAACGACAAUCAUGACGACGAUAGUUUAGAGAUUAUGGAAGAAAUAGUAGUGCCGCCGGUAGACAACGACCACGACGACGACGAUGAUGACGAGCAGGCGAAAGUGGCCGAAAUCAGUAGUGCUAGUGUGCCGAUCGACGGCAACAGUGACGAUAGUAGUAGCUCCAGGAGUGCGGAAGUGAUUGCGUUGAAUCGUUCGAAGAAGAAAGGUUCGAUUGGUAGUGCCGUUGCCGAUCGGAAGCGACAGUUGUUCGAUAUCGGUGAGGACGAAGACUUUUUGCCCCGCAGUGCAGAACGGCCGCCGAGUGGUGGUAGUGGUAGUGGUUUGUUCGACAUCGAUCGGUUGCAGCUGUCCGGGGACGAAAUUGCACAACAUUUUCAAACGACAGUUGAAAGUGACCGGAGCGAGAAAGAGGACAGCCCGUUCCGUGAUCGUCCGAAAUCGUCCGAAAACGAAGAGUACGAAGAUUCUUUCGGACAGGGUGGGGAGGGUGAAAGUUCCGUAGGUGAACGGGCCAGCGGGAAAGGAAAAAGCUCGAAACGCCCAGUGGAGCUAGUGCAUGUGCAUCACGCGAAGGAACUAUCGCCGCUUAAAGAGGACGACGUGCUAAUAAAUGAUAGCAAGGUGAACUUGAACGCACUCAAGCAACGGAACCAGCCUAUCGUGCAAAAGGGUGGAAUAAGGCUUGAAGAAAAGGCUCGAAACCAGAAACCAUCGAAAGUCAUGGCGGAAGAGAGCAAUAACAACAGUCAGGAUAAUAGUCUGAAUACGACGAACGACAUUUCCGACCUCGCUCCGGACACCGAGAGCGAGCGGGUGGGAAGCGUCGAACUGGACGCGUCCAGCGGUUCGGUGGCACGACAGGGAAAACUUUCCGCCGACUACCGAAGUCGUAGCGUUCCCGAUGGCAUAGGUGCUGGCAAGGGUAGUGGUGCCGGCGGUCCAUCUGGGGCUGGUUUUACGAGCUUAGGGCCGAUGAAGAUGUCGGAGGCGAUGAGCGUCCGGCUGUCGAACGAAGCGUCCGGUAGUUCGUCUUCCGGUGGGAGCGGCAUAUCGGAAGAUUUACGCGAGCGUAUACUAACCACGAGCAAAUCGUUCGAGGAGGUCAAGGCGCAAGGUGUCGCAGCGAUAGAAGUGCUGGAAGAUAAGACCGAACGACCGGGCGGAGAGCUGGCGAAACCGAUGGAACGUGUACCGGUCGAUCAAAAGGAAGCGCUAGAAGACAUUUCCGAGGAAUCGGAGCAUACAGUUGGAGGUGGUGGUGGUGGUGGUAACUCAUCAAACACGGACGACGAACAGCAAAGGAUAAUGGGAGUGAAGGUGACGAGCCGGCAGCAGGAGGGCGCUAGUCCCGUGCCUGGGAAUCUCAUCGAACGAGGCAAAGAGAUGCGCUCCAUUCUCGAGGAGAAGCUGCUACAGAAGCAGCACAGUGUGGUAGGCAGCACGAUCUACGAGGAUAAUAAGGAAAAUAUUCCCGAAGGAGGCUCGCUAAAGGCGGGACCGGAAUUCGACAGCGUCAUCAGCCUGAAGAUGUUCCAAACGAUGGAGAACGAGAUACGCAAACUACACGAAAUCAUCGCCACGAAGGAUGUGCUAUUGAAUGCGUACGGCGGACGCAAGGAGGGCGGCACGGCACAGGGGAAGGAAACGAACUCGUGCAAUAGUCGUGCGGAAUCGUUGCGCGAGCAGUUACCAUGCCGAUCGCACAACAGUGACUCGAUCAGCAUGGCCACCAACUCGACCGAGUAUCGGCCGGUGGGUGAGCUGGCGGACAUGGCCGGUACGUCCGGUGCGGAGAAGGAUCUGUACGGGAAAAUAAUGGAGCGCAACCAGUGGAUCGAGCUGCUGGCGGACAAGCUGAAGGAAUCGCUGCAGGAACGCAACCAGCUGCAGUCGGAGGGCGAAAAGCUGGCGGCGGAAGUGACGCAGCUGAAGAAACAGCUAGCCGAAACGGUGGAGAGCAUGAAGCUGAAGGCACAGAGCACCAGCUGGGCCGGUGUGCGGCCGCCAGACCAGGAAAGCACCAGCGGUGGAGGCGGUCAACGCAUCUCGGAAAUAUCGAUCGAUCUCGUGAGCGAAACCGAGGAUGGUGGGCUGUCGGAUUUUCCCGACCUCUAUGACGAUCCACCGCUAGGGGCCACCGAGCGACUGCUUGAGCCGCCCGGGUGUAGCGAUCUUUCCGAGCUCAACCCAAUGCACAUUCCGCUGAAGAUUUCGAAACAGCUAGAACAGUUCCGCCGCUACCUGGCGCCCGACGAGGUGCGGCUGUUCAACAUGGUCCAGGGGAAGUUUGAUGAUUUUCUUACGCAAGAGCUCGAUAAAGUGCGUGACGGUGGGGAAACGGAAAAUCGCGUGCUGCGGGAGCAGCUGCAGAUAGAGCGGGCAGAGAAGGAGCAGGAAGUGAAUCGGCUCAGACAGAUGCUGGGAAGCGUAAAGGCCGGUUCGAUUGAGAUUGUCGCUUUGCGCACCGAGCUGGAGGCACGCCACACGCAAGAGAUGGCAGAUCUGCGCACGUACUUCGAGAAGAAGGUGGUCGACCUGGAGAAACAGUACUCGGAGGAGGUGUUUUCGCAGCAAAGUCGUCGCCUGUCGAACGAUGAUACGGCAUCGGAAAUAUCGGGCGCAGAAGAGUUCCCGGAAGAAAACGGAGGCUACCAGUCGAAGCACACGAGCCCGCGCCGGAAGCACAAGGAGGGCAUCUAUCUGAGCCCAACCCACCGGAAGAUAACGCCAACAACGAUCGAUGCAACGGACGCGAGCGCGGACGAAGUUCUUGUGGUGGAAAUUAUCGAGGAACAGGAGCACCGUCACCUGUCGGCGGAAGAGGUUCGUGAAUUUUACCAAAGUAAAAUCAAGGAACUGAACGCACAGCACGAACGAGUCUUUGCAAAUCUGCGAGGGAAACUGAAAGCGUACGAAGCCAAAGAGCAGGAGAAACACGUGCUGUCUAAUCAAACGGCAUCCACCUCCUCCGUUGUGAAGGAUCACUGCUCACCAAUGCUAACAAAUGAACCACAACCACCGCCAACACCACCACCUAAGCCAUCGGCCGAUCGUCGUCCCCCAUCACCCACCGACACCUCGAACGCGGCAAACAUUCAUGCCGGUGACGCACCGCUAACUAACCUCUGCUCAUCCGAUACUAACAAGAUUGUGCAGGAGCGGCCCGAACAGGUGCUCGGAUCGAUCCGGCUGCAAACGCCAACGUCUGUGGGAGAGUUGGGAUCGGACAGUGAUCUGCAGGAGAUCAUUGCCGGGUACGAGCGACGGCUGCAAGAGCAGGUAGCACUCGCCCGGCAAGAUGUGUUGAAGGAGCUGGAAGUGCAAAUACAGGCUCUUCUCAGUGAUAGCUCUUUCGAGGACAGCCAUUGGCCACCGGAGCUGGUUUUGCUGCGGGAAAAGUUCACAGCCAAGAGCCAGCUGGAAAUCGCUCAACUGCAACUCAAACAUGAAGAAGAGAUGGCCCGAAUGAGGAACGACUUCGAGAAGCAGCUGCAGCGUAAGCUGAAACGCCACACAACCUUUGACUCUAGCCGGGGGCUCGACAAAAUCAUUAGCGAGCGCGAUAACCUGCGCGAGCUCUCGUCGACGCUGCGCAAUGUGGUCGGCGGGCUGGCCAAGUAUUUCUCCAUCUGCGAGGAGGAUCUCAACAGUACGGUGCUGGAGGAGCUGCACCGUUACCAGCAGUUGCAGCAGCAGGCCAAUGAAUCGCAGCAAACGGUUGACCUGGGCAGUGAGGAUGGUCAGACGCACGAACCGUCGGCAGUAGACUGCAGCGCCAACGAAAGUGCACUGAACGUUACGGACGUAUCGUUCCUGGCAUCAUGCAAACUGCUCAAAUUCGCUCCCGACGUGUCCGGUAUCAUAUCUAUCAUUGAGGAUCCAUCGCUGGUCGAGUACGUGUCGGCAAAGGCGCAGCAGCAGCGUGACGACGGCACGGAGCCGGAAAACAUCUCCCUGAACCUGGAAGAGUGUCUGGAACGGUUGCGAGCGGAAGCGCUCAGUCUGCUUGCCCUGUCCGAGCGUAUCAAGCAAAAGUCGUCCAGCGGUACCACCACGAAAGAAGACGAGUCGGAUCGGGUGUCCGAGAAGAAUGACAGCUGCGAGGAGGAAGAUGGUUUGAAACGGCGCGGUAAAACGCUCGAAAGUGCUCGCUCGUUCGAUGAGAACAUUGGGCGACUACAGGAUGGACCGGACCGACCGGGCGAUGCGAAAUCGAACGGUGCGCACGGCUGCCGUAGCCUUCCGAUCGAUCUGGCCGGAUUGCAGCUAAACGGGGAGCUGAACAUGCAGCUGCACGAGCUGAAGAAUCGACUGCUCAAGUCGGAAGACGAGCGCAAACUGCUCGAAUCGGAGCUGGCCGAAGCGCGCAGCAAGCAGAGCAGUCUCGUGAGCGAGCUGUCGGAAACGAAGCAGCAUCUGCUCGAGCUGAACAGCCAGCGGGUCGAGUUUAGCGAAGGCUACGGGACGAAUGCGCUACUGCCGACGGCGCAGCGUGUGAACAACUCGUUCGUGGAGUUGCAGGAGCGUGCGAAGGUGCUGCUGGGCAGUACCACCGGUGCGGGGGCAGAUCAAACGAUCGAGGACAGUUCGAUGCUGCUGCAGCUGGUGGAAGACUUCUGCCGGGAAGGGGAACGCUACCUGGAGGAUGGCAAGCGGGACCGGAUGGAUUUGCAAUUGCAGAUUGAAGCGGCCGAUAAACAGCUUAAAGCAACGCGACAGUUCCUGGAAGAUCAGGCCGCCGAACGUGAGCAGGAACGUGACGAGUUCGUCAAGGAAAUCGAGCGGCUGAAGGGCGCGAUGCGCGAGAAGGAAAAGGAUAAGGUGAACUUUGAGCGUGCCAGCAAGGAGGAGGGGCUAUGCGUGAACGACUGUAGAUAUGCAAAAGAGUGUCGGGCAAUUGCUGCAAACCUGGAAUCGAUGGAACAGCAGGUGAAGGAGCUUACGACGCAAAUCGCCGACCGGGAUGACAGGUUGCGAAAGAUGGAAGCCGACCUGAAGGACUCCAUCGAUAAGGGUUUCACGCUGCGUGAAAUUAUCUCCGAGCUAGAGACGCAGAUCGAAAGCAAAACCAUCAACGAGCACGUGCUGGAGACGAAGGUUAAGGAGCUUGAGAAGUACAUCGACGUGCAGAAUCUGCAAAAUGAAUCACUCCACCAGGAGAUGGAAAGCGUGAGGACGGAUUUGGCUGGCCGCGGGUACGACGCCAAGAUUGCCAAGCUGGAGGAGGAGCUGCGGCAGCGCCAGCCGUCGGCCGAGCAGAGCAUUGUGCUGGAGGCACUUACCGUGCAGCUGCGCGACAUCGAGGAAACGCUCGACCGGAAGACGAAGAAUCUGGAGACGCUUCAUUCGACGUCGGGCGCUUCGGUGGGAUGCAGCAGCCCGUCGGAGGACGUGUCCGUCAACCAGGACAGUCCGUUGCAUCGGCAGCGCAGGAGUGCCGGUGGGGCUGGUGGGGACGGUGCGGCGGAGGAAGACGGCGGUUCGCCGAAUGGCGGUGGCGAUAAACCGAAAGUAACGCCGCUGCCGGUUGAUGAAGUGCAACGGAUAUUCGAUAAGCUGCAUCGACACUCGCGCGUUGAAGACGUGGCUAUCAAGCGUAUCAACGAUCUGGAGAUGCAAAUUAGCAACAUCAGAGGAGGUUAUGCGGAGCUGCAACACGAACGCGAUGUACUGCAAGAAAAAAUGUCCGAACAAUCGCUGAAAAUUUCCUCCCUUCAGACAAAGCUGGACGAGCAGCGGUUGCGUGCCGAAGAGCUGCACCGUCAAGGAACCUCCCAGCUUACCGUCAAGGUGCACGAUCUGCAAAACGAGCUGCACAAUCUGAAGGAAACGCUUCAAACGCGCGACAAACAGAUUGUCAAUCUGAAACAGUUCCUCGAGAACAGUCAGCAAGCGAUUGCACGGCAGGAGAAGGAACUGGCCAUGAAUCAGGACGGCGCCGAGCGGAGCCAGCACGAGCAACGGCUCGAGGCGGAACUGAAAGCAAAGGAGGAAGAGAUCCGUGUGCUGAAGGAACGCAUCAAGAACGAGAUGAUCAAUAAAGCCGCCCUGCCCGAUCUGAUGGAGACGAUGCUGGCGGACAAGAAUGAAGAGAUCGAUCAGCUGAAAGAGCGGCUGGCACAGAUGACGGGUAAAGGGGCGGCAGCAAACCCGCGCCACGAUGAGCUGGUAGCUGCUGCCCUGGCCAAAGACGACGACGGUGGACGUACGCUGAGCGAUGUCGUGUCGAUAACCGAUUGCGACGAGUCGGACAUGGUGAUGCGAAGGAUGCCGGAACAGCACACACUGGAAGGUAUACUUCCGGCACACAGCAUUCCAAUGGACUCCGGUACAUCACUGCUUCCGAACCAUUCCAAACAGUCGUCCGUGCCGCUGGGAGGACACAUACUGGGCGGCAGCCAUGAUUCGACGAUGCUGAACUCCAUCCCACUGCGUUCGAACUUUUUCCACGACGUCUGCUCGGUCGUCCCGCGCAUACCGGACCAAACACGCAGCAGUGCACCGACGCCCGAGUGUGUACCGCGACAAAUAGAUUUUUCGUUGGCCGACGUCGAAGGUUCACCCCAUCUUAACGCCCAGCGUCUGUCGGCACCUCCGCAAAUGUUAAUGUUUUUCGGUGCCAGCGCAACAGCCAGCGGUCCGAGAGCGUUAGUUCGCGAGCCAGCCUUCAUCGAGGAGAUUGUUGAAGGGGAAGAGUUGAACGACGCUAUGGUCGCAGCGCAUCCAGCUCAACGGAAAGCACCAAAUGAAGUAAAUCCUAACCUGGAGGGAGAGGUGGAAUCCCUAAAACUAAGCUUGGACCGCGUUGUGACGGAAAAGAACGAACAGAUUGAGGGAUUGAAAGGUGAGCUGCAGGAGAAAAUGGAGCGGAUCGAGGAUCUGCAGGUUGAGCUCGCGGCUCGCAACAAGCUAUACGAAGAUCUGAUGCAGGAGCGCAAAGAGCUGCGGGAUGAGGUGGAAAAGGUAAAGCAAGAGCUGGGUCGGCUCGAUCAGCAGGCUCACGAUAUGCAGCAGAAGGAAGCAGAGCUAAGGGUGGCGUUGGAACAGGUCCGGCAGAAAGAGAUCGAACUAGGCGAGGUGACCUCCAGGUACGAGAAGGUACGCACCGAAGCGGAGGACGUCACGAAAGAGGCAAGCGCGCUGCGGACCGAACAGCAGCGACAAAAGCUGGAGGUCGAUACCCUUCGUCAGCAAGUGGAAUCACUCAACAAAACCAUCGGCCACAAGGAUGAGCUGAUGUCGAAGCUGGAAAAGGAUCUGCUAAACUAUAGCAAAAACGAGGAGAAGUAUCUCGAGCAGCUGCGAUCGCUCGAUGCGAAAGAGACGGAGCUGAAAAUAAUGCAGGGCAACUACAAGGAUCGGCUGCACGAGAUCGAGAUACUGAACGAGGACAAUCGGUUCCUGACUGAGGAUAUCAACCGGCUGAAGAACGAGAUCGCUCGCAGCAAUAACUCGCUCAGCUCGAACUCCUCGUACGUGCAGACGCUGAAGCAAAACUGCACCAAACUCGAGGAAGAGCUGCAGGAAACGAAAGUUUUGCUGACGGAGAAAAUGUUGGCCCUCGAGCGGGUAAGAAUCGAUCUGACCGGAUGUCAGCAGGAGAUGGAAGAUUUACGCUCCACGCUGAAGGAAAAAGAGAUGAUCAUACAGCAGAUCGGUGCCGAUGGAAACAGUCUGCACGAGGCGCUCUCAAACAUUCAGGAAAAGAUGCAGGAGAAAAACGUAACACUCAACGGUAAACUGCGCGAGGAGCAGGAGCGUAAUGCGCAGCUGCAGUCGGAGGUGGAGCGGCUGAAGCAGCAGCUGCAACGCAGCGACAAUUCCUCCAGCCCGAAACCAUUCUCGGUGGAAGAAAUAGCCGAACAGCUGGAACGGGAGCUCAACUACUCGGCCCAGCUGGACUCGAGCAUUUUGAAAGCGAUCGAGAGCGACGAUAUGAACACGGAUGAGGAACGGCAGGGCAGCAGCUCCGGAGCGGCGGGAAGAAAGCCGGGCCCAUCGCGGAAACCCUCCGAUCUGGACGAGCUAAGACAAAAGCUGCAGCUAGAGAUGGACAAGGGCAAAAAGAUGCACGAACUUCUGGAAGGAGAGAAGCAAAACUCGGCCGCCAUCCAGCAGCAGGAUGCGGAAAUCAUUGAAGCGAUGCGCAUACGGCUAGAAGCCGCGCUCGGCAACGAGACCACCCUGCAGCGGCUGUUGGAAGAGGAGCGUACGAAAAACGAGCGACUGUCGCGGAUGGUCGGCGGACUGCAGCGGACGAAAUCGUUCGACAACUAUCUGCUCAUGAAGGGUGGCAAGGGUUCACCGCAGGAUGGUUCGCCGCAGCGACGCCUGAACCGUAGCAACGAGUUCGAAACGGAGAUGAUGGCCCGGUACGAAAGUGAGCUCAAGUUCCUGACGGCACAGAAUGCGCGCGAGCGCGAACGAACCGCCGAUCUGCAGCGGGUGCUGGAGCGAGAACGCGAACGCUUCGAGCGAGAAAUCACCGAGCGCACCGAGCACGGCGAACAGGUGAAGAAGGAGCUGAAUCGAGUGCUGAAGGAGAAGGAAACGCUCGAGCUGGAGCUGGACCACGAGCAGGAACGGCUCGAGCUGGCACACAAGGAGAUCGAAAGCUUGGAAAAGCGCAUUGGUGCGCUGCAGGAAGCGGAAGCGCUUCGGUCGGCCCGUCGCGAACGUACCUCCGGGCAGAAUUCGCUCGAAUAUCAGGAGCUGAAGCUACGGCUGGAGAGCGUGGAGUUUGAGCGCAACCAGCUGCGCGAUACGGUACAGAGCCUCCGGUCGGAGGUGGAUCGAAGGCGCGUGCGGGAAGCACACCUAACGGAGGCGCUUUCGCGCGAAAACUCGCUCAACGCACAAAACCAGCAGCAGCAGCAGAUCGUGCCGGAGGAAUUCCUGAACAAGCUGAAGGAUCUGAACCGCAUGCUGGAGUCAAAUGCCCGCGAAAACCAGCAGCAGGCGGAAUCGCUCCGCUUCAUGACGGAGGAACGGCGGGCACUGCAGCAGCGCAUCCAGGAGCUGGAACGGUACAACGUGCACGGCAGUGGCGUGGGCCACUAUCACCAACGCGAAGACCUGGAGGAGCGGGCGAACCACCUGUUCGGGAAGUACCUACGCUCGGAGAGCCACCGGAAGGCACUGGUUCACCAGAAGCGCUACCUACAGAUCGUGCUGGCCACGUACGAGGAAAAUGAAGCGAAAGCGCUUGCCCUCCUCAACGCCCAGCUACCGCCCGGUCAGCUGGAAGUGCUCGCGCUGGCCAGCGGUCCCCGCUCGCUGGAGUCUUCCGGGCAGCCGCGCCGCAAGUCGUUCCGCUCGAUCGUGACCGUCAUUGUGUCGAUCGAGCGGAUGAAGUAUCUCGUGCGCAAAUGGCACGGCGGGCGGCGGGUUUGCGCGAAGGCCAUAUUCUCGCAACCGUUCAGCCCGCGGCGCUCGCAGUCGGCCAGCACGAACGUUUGGGCCCGAUCUCCCGGCUCACACUUUGUCGAGUACGGGACGGGAGGUGGCGGCGCUGGUGGAAUCGUGCGGAUGGAGCGGGCCGAACCGAUACCGCCGCAAGUGUUCAGUGUCUCGGCCGGUGGCGGCGCCUUUGCGAGAACACUAGCCGUGCCGGCUGGAUCGCCGACCUCCUCCUCGCUGCGCAUGUCCGUCGACGUUCUCGAGACGCUCCGGGAGCAUCAGCAUCCGCAUCAGCAGCAGCAUCAGCAGCAAGCGCAAUACAAUCGGAAUAUCCAUGGCAAUCGAUAGUGACGGAUUGAGGAUGGUCACGCAUGUUAGUAGAUAGAUUGACUGCCCUCAACCAUACCACAACUGCACUAGCCAGACACAUUUCCCACAAGCUUCAACAGAACGAACCUUACGUGUCGACGAUCAGACGAUCCGACGACGUUUGUUAUUAAAAAUUGGUACAAAAAGUAUUAACCUCUCCCAAAAUACUAUCCGGAUAGGUUUGUAAUGGUAAAGGACGAUGAUGAAAAAGUGUGUACAUUUUGACAGCAGCGGUCAUCCAACCUUUUGGCCAUAGUAGUAGGAAUUUACUUGCAUCGACAAAAAGCACGAAUAAGAUUUUAUAGAGUGUGGAUAUGUGUGUGCGAAUGUUACGUGAGGUUAGAUUCAUUACUUAAAGUGUGACCCCUGUUGGAUAGAGUUUGUUGUUUAAACCAUGUUAAGAAAAUCGCACAGUUGUAGUAGUAGUGGUAGGUUUUACGAAAUCGACAGGCAAGAAGUCCGUGCCGGCCUUAACACUUGGUACAAAAAUGGAACGUUGGAAAGCAUUGAUCUCCAUCUGAAUUAUUUUGAACUUGUACGUCCUGCUGCUAUGCCCAGCACUGCUCUAUGAUCUACGCCUUUUUGCUUCCGUAUUAACAAGACUUUAACAGUAUUUUGGCAAGUAAAAUUGGUACACCCGGUCGUGUGCAAAGAUUAAACCAAAAAGAAAACGAAAAAAUUAAAGUUUCAAAAACAAACAAAAGUUUGUACACCGAAAUACAAAACCACUGUAAUCGAUAAAAAAAACACACACAGUGCCUUACAUGGGCAGUUUGCUCUCUGAUCGCUCGCACGUUCGCCACUUAACAGGAGGCGUGUGAUUUUCAUCUUUAUCACUUCACUUUCAUACCAUUUUUUUCAUCUUCCUUUGUUUCUUAUCGUACCCUAAGGUUUGUUCACAAUUAAUCUGCGACUGCCCUUUUGUACAAGGUAUGAUUUAGCAAUGCUUGCAAGCGUUUAGUUUAAUGUUUCGUUUUACUUCAGUGUUCCAAUUCUCUUUUGUCGACUAAAAAGAAUCCCAACAAACCAAAGGCCAUUGCAUAAUUCACAUCCCAUACAAAGCCAUACAGUCUCUAGCGCGAGGUGGAACAAGAAUGCUGUAAUGUUAGGGAACUAUUUAUUAGCUACUUUAUAAUGUUUUGAAUUGACGUACAAUUUUUCUUUACUACUGUGUAGGAUUUUUCUUUUCCCCCAGUAUUUUGUGGUGAGCCUUAGAGAGAGAGAGAGAGUUAGCUUUAGGUACUACACACACACACUUAGGUAUACGUGCACACCACCAUCACCACUCGACAAGGAGACAGUUUGUAAUAUAUUUCUGAGAAUGUUAAAUGAAAAUCAGUUGUAGCAAUUGUA